AAACAAAUUGGUUGAUAAAUAAUUGUUUUGAGGGUAUUAUAUGGCUGAUUUAAGACAUGGGUCGGCACCAACCCGUUUAACAUAAGAGAUAGGAACAGAGAGCUAACAUAGGACAAAGAUUAAGACAGAAUGAUUCAAUAUUAAGCCCAGGUGUUAGGAGAUAUUAAGAGAUACUAGAGGACAUAAGAAUGACAUCCAGAAUUGCCUGCAGCUACAUUAUUAUUAACGGUUAGAAAACGGUUCAUUGAACCUGAUUUUAAAGGAUAAUACUGUCAUCUAGGGGACAGAAGAAGAACAGCGUGAAAUAAUUACUGGAUUCCAUUUAUGAAUGUUGUGUGAUUUUCGCAAUUAUUUGAUUGAUUGUCAAAAAGGAAGUCCAAAUGAAAUCCCAUUUGAUCACGUACAGGUCUAGGUUUCGAAUUAUAUAACUAUAUUAAUAUAUAAAUGAUUUUUGAAUUAUUGUAUCCUGACUGAUUUGCUGAUCUUUCCUUUUAGUAAUUUAUUCAGCUACACGUUUGUUUUCUGUGCAUUGUGGGUUGUUUUCAUUGGUAAUUGUGGUGUUUGUUCCUUGACCUUUUUGCGGGUCAUAUUAUCUUGACAUCAGGCACUUUCUAUUUUUAAAACUUCAACGCAACAAGUCGUCUUAAAGAGAUACUCUGUUCAGAAGUGACAGUGUUUGGGUGCCACCGGAGAGAACUCACUUACGUUGCCUUAGUAUUGUACCUAUGAGAAAAAGGAGCUAAGGGAAAUUCCUUUGUUAAAAUCAAAUUAAAUAUGAGAAGGAACCGGAGGCCCGUGGUGAGGGAGCACCAGCAUUGUGAGAGAUGCUUCCGAUUAAACUGUAAAGCACCCAUUGAGAUCUCCGUGUCCUGCGUGGUCAUCAGCUGCCGCCUGCUGUGUGGUGCCACUUUUCACAUGUGUAAGGAGGAGGAGCACCGGCUGCUAUGUCCCAAAGAGAAGGUGUCCUGCCUCAACGUGGCCUACGGCUGCCCCAUCACCAUGCUCCGAUCGCAGUUAGCCCAGCACCUGAAGGUGUGUCCUGCCAGUGUAAUUAACUGCUCCAUGGACUGGAACCGCUGGCCUAUUGCGGAUACAGACGGUGCGUUUUACAAGAAUGCCGUUAAAGAACCAUUCUCCGCUGAACAGCUAGACCUCCGCAUGGCCCUAAGAGACCAAAAGCUGGUGUGUAAUAAACUCAAAAUGAAAGCAUUUUUCCCUGAGUUGAUGGAGGACGUUGAAGAAGCUGAGGACUCCAUAGAUGGUGCAAUGGGUGAUCCUACAGAUGAUGAAGGUACCACGCAGCUUUCUGACUGCAGCAGCACAAUGUCAGACAUGCAAGAGCUCAUACAGGAGGAGUGCAUGUCACUGGCUAAGAAUACAGACGGGAUGGAUGUCAGGAGUCACAAGCUGGCAGAGAAAAUGUUCAGUAAGGAGAAGGGUGGCUGCAUGCAAGCUGGCAAAGCCAAGGCUGAUGGCCAAACACCCGCUAAUCAACAAAAAAAACAGGGAAGCCGUGGCCAUCAACAGGCUGAAGAAACAUGCCAGGACAGAAAUGAACCGGAAACAGAAACUACAGAUGCUAGCAAGAUUGGAUUUGCCCCUUGGCAUGAAGGGGUCCUGGAGAGGCUAGGAAAAGAGGUAAAUCCAAGAGAAUAUAAUAUGUAUCUUGUGCAUCAUGGACGCAUGUUAAUCCGAUUUGGCCACAUAUCUGCUUGCACCCCUAGAGAGAAAGAUUUUGUUUAUGGCAGCCUUGAACCCAUACCCGUUCAAACCCUUAGAUCCUUCAAAGUUCCCACCAGUUACAAGGAGAAACGUAUCCAUCUGAAAGAUCCUUCUGUGAGAGCAAAGUCUGAGGACAAAAGUGUGGACACGUCAGAUUUGGGAUUUUCUGAAGAAGACAUUCCAAUAAUGGAUGAACUCCAUACGACAUUAUUGUGCUCCACAGAGAAAGAACUUAGAGGUCAUAAAAUAUGCGAAACUGUGGUGACGGAUGGUCUUUUUGUGGACUUUGCUACACAAACCUAUCACUUCCAGUCUGCUCCGUUUAAACACAAUGCCUAUCUAGCAGAUAUCAUUCCUGAUCAGACUUUGAACCUCAAUGUUCAGAUUCAAACUGAUGGUGUGACCGGCAGACACAACAGAACCAACUCCGCCUUCACCUUCCUCUGCAAUCACACUUUCCGGCGCGAUGAAUUCACUUCGCAUUUCAAAAACGUGCACGUGGACAUUCAGUCCUGCCUAAACGGCUGGUUUGAGGAGCGAUGCCCCCUAGCUUACCUUGGCUGCACCUACAGUCAGAAGAGGUUUCAACCCUCUACACAAAGGGCUACCGUGUCAUACAAUGACGAGCUCAGUACCUUAUCUUUGAGGCCAGAGGUCUCCCCUUCACUCUCUCAGGGCAUGAAAGCAGUUGUACCUGAGAGGAAACAUGAACGCAAUACAGAUGUGCUUAGCCGACUGCCUUUUGAAAUCCUGCUGUACAUUGCGCGUUUCCUCGAUAGCUUCAGCUUGUCUCAGCUGGCUCUUGUUUCUCAGACGAUGCGAGAAAUGUGUGCAACUCUGCUAAAGGAGCGAGGGAUGGUUUUCCUGAAGUGGACAAAGAAGACCUACGCCCAUGGCGGAUCUCGCUGGAAGUCCAGAAAGGUAUGGCAGUUCAGCAACCUCUUCUCCACGGUGGAUAAAUGGAGUUUCGCUGAGACCCUGUCCAUGUCAGAGCAUCUAAAGCACUGCUCUUUCUACCAGACUGAGAGGAAGACUGAACCUGUGGCCCUGAUCCAUAUAUGUGACAAGAAUAUGAAGAGAUGAACAGCUGAAUCUGAUUGUGUGGUCGAGCCUUAUCGAUGUUGCUGGUAUAUAAGUAACACUGUAACCACACUUGACCCUUUUUAAAGAAUGAGGCUUUAUACUUCAAUAUUUUCUGUUCAGCCCAGGCCAACUUAAAUAAAUAUUACACACAGAUCAAAGACACACAGGUUUAAAACUUCAUAUAUUUACAGCCAGCAUAAAAAAAUUGGAAUAAAUAAGCAUAUCUGUACAAUUUCAAAUCUUUUUGAGCAACAAAAAAAUCUGACAUCUAUCUAUCUAUCUAUCUAUCUAUCUAUCUAUCUAUCUAUCUAUCUAUCUAUCUAUCCACUUAUCCUAGUCAAAGUCACAUGGGGCCCUGCAGCCAAUCACAGGCAGCACAGGGCACGUGGCUGGGCUACAUCCUGAUGAACAGGGCCUGUGUUUUAGUGAAAUAAAAAAUGAAUUCUGACAAUUCUGAAAAUAAUCUAGAAAAAACUGAAAUUUAAUCAUUUAGUGGUAACAACACUGAUUAGAAUGCCUUGAAGUCAGAUCCUAACUCAAAUGGCUUUAAAUUUUAUUGUUAUACGUCCAUCCAUAUUUCUAUAAUCUAACUGUCUGAUGACUAUUUUUCUGCCUUCAAAAAAUGUGGCAUAGAAAUUGUGCACAUGGAAUUAUACAGAAAUUAUUAGAGUUGCAACCUGAACCGUGCCUUAGACGGGAUGUGUCACACAAUCCUGUUUGCCUUAGCUCUAUUUAUAUCACCGUUUCACCCUAUUUUCAAGGUUGCGCAAACUCUGGGCGGCCAAACUAAUAGCAAUAGAAGAGCUGAUAUGUCUCAUUAACUCAGCGGUAAGGAUAUCUUUUCGCAAUCUGAUCAAACAACUUCACCCGAGUACCAUUUCGCUAUCACGCUUGCUGCUGUGUCACUUGUUAUUUUACAAAUCCUGUUAAGUAUUCUUCAAAAAUUUGAAUUUGGUUGUGUGUUGUGUGUUAUGUCUGGACAGCUUACACGAUGCAGGAGUUCAGUCAAAGCUGAAGUGAUCUGCUUAUAUUAUUGUUUUUGCACGUGAGGAUUUGCUUCCGCUUGUACGAUUCAUUUGUAACAAUCUAGCACUGACAUAUGACGUGGUUCAGCAUGGCCUUAAAUUAAAUACAAGAAAACCUGCAA